AUGCAGGAUAGUUAGAAAUAAGAUUUCUUGUAAAAUAAGGCUAAAAUUGAAGAAGCAAUAGAUUCAAUUUUGAAAAAGACCUAUGAUGAAAAAACUAAAGGAUCUAGAGAAUGCAAGUAAAUCCUAGAUUAACUUUAUGAAAUUCAGCCUCUUUUAAAAACUGUAGACGAUUCUAUAAAAGAUGUAAACCAAGAUAAAUUACAAUAGCUGUAUAAAACUUUUAGAAAUCUAUUUAAGUCAUUCAAAGAGGAUGUAUCAGAAACUUCAAAAAUGAUAAACGAUAACACAUUUGAUAAAGAUAAUAAGAUAAACAAAGAGAAAAUGAAAUAAGUCAUAGAACGAAUUAAAAAUAUGAAAUAAGAACUAGAAAAUUUAAAAAAUAAAAUAUUUGUCCCUUACAAAAAGUAUUUAGUUUGGAUAGACUAUAAUAUUGAAAAUGAUGAAAGUUUGUUAUAUUUAAUUGAAUUUAUCAAUAUUUGCAAUGGUGCUAUUGAAAUUCAUAUUUUCGAUAAUAAUGAGGAUUUUAGAAAUUUUGUUGUAGAACACUCAGAUUAAAUGCUUUAUAUUAUUAUGAGCGGGUCGGCAGCUGGUGAGUCUUUCGAAUGGGAUGGAAAAAACUUAAAAUGGAUCAAAUAGCUAAUUUAGUAGAAGUCUUCAAGUGAGUUUAUUUAUGGAAUAUAUAUAUUUACUUCUUAUGAAGGAGAAAAGUACUUUAAGCCUUUAAUAAAAUCAGAAAAAGGAUUGGUUUUGGAUGUCACUAGUAAUCCAAAAAUCAUAUCUGAAAAUCUAAGAAAUUUAAUUUUUCCAAAGAAAUGCAUAAGGGUAUUACCAGUAGUCAAGCUAUGUGAAUUUCUUGAUAAAGAGCUUAUGGAAUUAGAAAUCGCUUUUAAAAUUAUAGAAGAUUAAAAGAUUGGUAUUGACUAAAAUAUCUUAAAUAAUAAUAUAUAUUAAUCUCUAUUUGAAUGCUUUAGAAGUUAAGAUAAUAGUCAAAUAGCAGAAAGUAUAUUAAAGCUUUAUACUUAAGAAACUAACUUCUACAAGUUCAUAAAUUCUUUGUUAAGUGUAUUGAAUCAAGACUUAAUAAUAAUUUUUUGGGAUCUUAUUUUAUGCUUUAGAGCAGCUCUAAAUGUUUAUGAUGAUUCUAAAUUUUCUCAAAUUUAACCCCCUAAAAUGAUUAAUAAUUAAUAUGAAGAAAGAAAAGCAGCUACUCUUUAUAGAGGAGUAGCUAUACCAAAGGAGAGUUUUGAGUAGCUUUAUAAGGUUGAUUAAUAUAUCUGUAUGUGUGGAUUUUCUUCUUUUAGUACUGAUCUUAAUAUAGCUUUAAAAUUUUCUUAGAAAGGCUAAGGAAUAAGAGUUAUUUUUAAAGUAGACUAUGAAUGUGGUAAUUAACAGUAUCCUUUGAGACCAAAAUGCUUAAGUGAACUGUCAGAAUAUGAUGAAAAAGAAUAUCUAAUGAAUUGUGGAACUGUUUUUAGGAUUAAAUCCAUUUAAGAAGAAAUUGAAGAUAAUAAUGUUAUUAAAUAUAUUAAUCUAAUUUUGUGA